ACCUAAAGAUGGCCGCCAGUGACCGCAUUCCGGUCCAUAGGAGGAGCUGGUCAAACGCGAUCCAGCAAAUAGACAUAGAGAUCAGUGGUUUGGGCAGUUUGGGUUCGUUUUGCGCACUUUUGAGGGUGCCUUGAGGCGCUUGAGGUCAACUCGGCCUCAAGAACCAGUGAUAGGAAUGGUUCGGUAAACGGCACAACAGCUUCGAGGCUUCGGCCGCCGGCCAGCAGCAAGCAACGAUGGAGGCACCGAGAAACCGACAGUACAAAGCUACCAAGUUGUGGAACGAGGUGGUCCAUUCAUUCCGAGGCGGCAUGCCCCGGGGCAAGCACCGGCGGCACAUGCGCACCCACGACGACUGCUUCGGUGCGAGCGAGGCAGCCUCCUGGCUGCACCGGUACCUGGUCGGGAAUCAGAACUUUGGCCCAGGGGUCACCAGGCAGCAGACCCUCCAGCUCCUUCAGAAGUUUUUGGAGAGCCACAUUAUCGAGCCCGUCAGGAGCACCAAGUGCCGGGUGAUCCAAGACGACAAGCAGCUGUACAGGUUCGUGGCGCAGUCCCCGGCAAAGACGCCGCCCUCGCGUACCCCGCCGGCGGGUCUUGCGCGUGGCCGCACCCCGCUGUCCUCGCGAGAGAACGGGGCCCUGGAGGGUCUGGCCCCGGUGCCCACUCCGGGGCGACCUAGGGGCUUCACCCUCAUGGCCAGCGACGACCAAGAGGAGCCUGGCGAGGAGAUGGCUGGAGGUACCCUGCCCCGCCGGAACUCGGCUCCCCAGGGGGCUUUGGGUCGCUGGGAGAUGCACCAGCUGUGGGCCUCCGUCACUCUUGCUAGGCUGCGUGGCCUCGUCGGGAACGUCGACGUCGUCUUGGACGGCUACCGGGUGUCGGGCGAGCACAUUGCGCACAACAUGGACCGGCUGAGCCGCAACGGGGUAGUGAUCCUGCUCGACAAGACCGACGACCUGCCCAAGUGGAUAAUCAACGCGAUGAAGUGCCUCAUCCACUGGCCCAGGGCCACGGGCGGUGGGAGCUGCCUGCCCAACUACCCGGGCUUCGAGGCGGACGUGCUGAAGGUGAUCAGCGACUUCUUCUGCGGCCUGGGCACGGCGCUGUUGCCUCCCCAGCUCUGCAGACUCUUCUACUUCACGUUCGCGAGGCUGUUGGACGACGUGGACGACGCCGAGCGUCCCCCUUCCCCCGACGACUCCAUCGAGAAUCUCCUGCACAGCAUGUCUGUUUUGGGGAACCCAUCCGCAGAGGCCCCGGCGCAAGUCAAGGAGUCGGUCGUGCGCCCCCUCCCGCUCGGUCGCGACCUCGUGUACGCGACCGCCUUUGAGAAAGCCGAACCUGUGACGCGCGUCGAGUCCCGGCAGUCGGUCGACUGCGAGCUCUUCCUCAGCACCGACACGGCAAGCACCAUCAGCACGUGCAGCACCACACGCCCCGUGUCCCCCUCCCAGAACGAUUCCGACGGGCCAUCGGCACAAUGUGGGAGCCAGCGCAGCGAACUCCCGGACUGCACCGGCUCCGUCGAAGUUUGUCGGAGGGACGCGCCUUUUUCGGCGCGCCUCGGAAGCGGAUUUAAACGGGUUGCGAACUCGUCGGUCCCUCAAUCGGUCGACACGCAGCUCGGAGUCGACUCUGCGAGUUCCACCGAGAUCGUAGGCUGUUUUUCCGCGGAGGACCCGAAAGAGUUCGCCCGUGCCGCGGCCACGUCGUGCGCUCCGAGGGAGGCGGUGGUGCGGAGCACCGCGUCGCUGGAUCCCCACGGUGGGUUCCUCACGCUACGGCAGAUAAAGCGCGAUCGGGAGCAGAAAAGGGAGAAGUGUGCUGGCUGCAGCUCCGCGACAACGAGCGUCCGAGGCGAGCCGGGAGGCUACGUGAACCUCGGCUUUGGCUCGGCCGGGAACCUGGAUCGCUGCGGAGCCGAGGAGCAACCGAAGCCGACGUCGUCGCCGGAGACGCUCUUGCGCGUCUGCGCCGCAGCCCGCCCGGACUCGAGCUCAGUGGGGAGCUCCGUGCUGGCCGGCGAAGGCAGCGUGGCGUGUCUGCGCUAUACUCGCAACCAGACCAGGUGCGAGAGCCUCCCUUCAAGCGUCGGGGCGGUUGGCCGUGCGGCUGGGACGUCCUGCGUGAACGUGACUUCGAUCGGAGGUCAGUCCCUUUUCCAGCAUUGCUUGUGGUUCCUGUCGAGUCGCAGCACUGUGUAUGUCAAUACAGUGCCUAGAAUGUGACUCUGACCGGUGUACAGUGCAAUCCACUUAUAAUGAUACUACAUAUGGUGAUGUACCGCUUAUAACGAUCAGCUUUUAGAGUAGUUUUAGACUAAGAACGAUCAGUUUCUAGACCAGAUACACAGAUAAUUGGUUAUAACGAUUGAAUUUUCGGGCUUCCUCAUUAUCGUUGUAAGUGGAUUGCACUGUAUUUACCGCGUCCAGGAAGGUAAUCCCUCGAUAUCUGUCCGAGGACGUCGUAGAGGUGCCAUUCUCUCGCCGGCCACGACCCUGGCGGCAUGGCGGCAGCGGUGGUAUGUGUGGCGGACGCCCCUUCUGCCGCAGGGCGGCCUCCAUCUCUGCAGUUCACGGAAGCUUUGGCAGGCAGGAGCUGAGAUGCCGCAACGACAGCAACACUCGCAUUCUCUCAAGCUUUUUUUUCAGAACUUGUACGCCCAACCUCCAGGAUUGCGACGUCCGACAGUGUGACAUUCCGGCUUUUGUGACGUCACUUGUUGCUGUUUGGGAACCCCUUUCGAUGUAUGGGCGAAAUGCGGAGCGUAAGUUUGUCUGCUUUUUGCACAGGGGUUGCGAUGAUGUCAGAGCGCCUGCUGUAAACA